AUGUUUGAUGAUGGCAGCAGCGCCCUGCCGGCGUCGGGCGAGGCAGACCCUUUCGCGGUGCCCCUGAGUCCACCUGCUGCCGAUUACGAUUUCGAGGACGAUUCGGAUGGCCCGAAAGUUGGAAUACAGAGCGUCCAUGAGCUUCGCCGUGCCGGCGCCAAUAACCGGUUUUCGGAUGAGAUGGAUGAUUUGUUGUCUCGAAUUGGCAAGCCGUCCGCCACCCCCUCUUCUCUGAGGCGCAACGCCCUUUGUGAGCUGGCAAACAAGCUGCAACGAAAGGACUUUGCUGGUCAAUUCCGUGAUCAUGCAGCCCGCGACAAUGUCGUGAAAGCCAUCGGUAGCGAAGAGGACAUCAUUAGCGGCUUUGCUCUGGCUGCCGCUCUUGUUACAUUCUUGUCUUUCAACCCGGCUCCUCAUUUACUUCGUCAGCUGACAGCUGAGAAAAUUGGCCAACUUUUCAAUCGGUUAUUUCGAGAAGAGCGAGACGUGUUGCAAAUUUCAGCGCAAAAGCAGAUGGAUUUAUCGCGAAUCACCAAAUCCGCACUCGAGAAUUUAAAAAUGUCAAUUCUGCAAAUGGACAUUUGGCACGGACAAAAGCCGCUGUCGCUUACACCUCGCACACUCGCAUUACAGCUUCUUGUCAUUCUCAGCCGCUCCGCAGAUAUAAAGUGUCUCGAGCAUCUCACUGGUGACAUUGAGCGCGACAUUGUGAUGAUGGCACAUACCUACUCAACACAGCGACCUCCUCGACAUAUUGACUAUAUACUGAUAAUACUGGCUCUAGAAGCGCAGUCUAAUCUGAUAAGCUUGGAAAAUGAAAGAUACGCCACUGCCAUAAAGGGUUGUCUUCAGGCGACUCUUGAUAAUUGGUUGCUACAAGACGAUAUUUUGGAUAAUACGACGCUAAAGUUGGCAAUCAACAUAACCAACAGCGAGAUCGGGGCGUCUAUAUUUGAUAAUAGCUCUCUCCUGUCGAAGCUAGUAGCUUCGAUAUCGGGAGGCCUGUCUCAGAUCCAAAGCACCCUCCUGAAGGGUAGCUUUCAAAACAAGUUAUAUGAUGAACUGCUUUUAAUCUUGGGUAUCAUGAUCAAUAUACUUGAGCACUGCCCGCCAGCACGAACCUCAGUAGCUGGGGGCUCUCUGGACACAGCUGCUACUCUUUGGCUCGGCAACAUGUCGUUUGUCAAUGAUGCGGACUCUGUCAGCAAAUCCAAGAUAGGUGUUGCACUUGGCUAUCUGGCUAUUGUGUUGGGCUAUUUAUAUUUAACUACUUCUGGGCGCUCUCAGAUGCGGAAACGUCAAGAUUGGCCUGGAACAGCUCAUUUGGUGAACUCUAUUGAGGAGUUUCUCCGUAUUUCAAAGACGAUCGGCAAUAGAACGCAUGAACUAGAGACACUCGUCGGUGAUCUCCGUGUGCAGCAAGCAUCUGGAGGAUGA